AUGACGCUCGACGUGCCGAUACCCGAGAAGAGGGCCCGGGGGAAGAAGGGCGACAAGAACAAGGAGGCGAACGCGAAAUCGGAAGACGAGACGCAGACGACGACGAAGAAGAGCACUGCGGGUACGGCAACGGCCCCCGACCCGCCAGCGAAGAAGAGGCGCGUGGCCGAUGAACCCGCCGACGAGGCGGCCUCGGCCAGCGACAGCUUCAACGGCUUCAGCGAUAAGGACGACGACGGCCGGGACGCCGGCGACAGUGGCGAGGACGACGAAGAGGCGGCCCUGUCCAGGAUGGCGGACAUGCUGGGAAGCUCGGACGACGAAGAGGAGGACGUCGAGGCGGUGCGCGCCAAGUACAGCGCUCUGCUGGGACAGCAGCCAGACACGGAAGACGCCGACGACGAGAGCGACGACGUCGACGACCUGGAUGACCUCGCGGCGAUGGACGAAGACGAAGACGAAGACGAGGCGGAUGAAGCCGAGUCAGAGGAGGAGGAGCUAGAUGACCAGCAGGGCAUGAACAGCGAGCGCCGUAGGAUGCUCGAGGCCAACGCCUCCCCUCCGCCGGCGGCGCCCGCGCGCCAGCCGAAAGAGCCAAAGCCCGUCAAGGCCGGCGCCACCACCUUCCUGCCGUCUCUCAUGGGCGGCUACUUUUCCGGCUCCGAGUCGGCCUCGGACGUCGACGUCGCGCCGCCCAAGAAGCGCCUCGGACAGCGGCAGCGACAGGCCAUUGCCGAGCGCAAACACGGCGAGAUGGCGAACCACAUGCGGAACGAGAAGAAGAAGAAGCAGCAGGGCGGCCGCGACGACGGUUGGGACAUGAAGAGGGGUGCUGUCGACAGCGCCGAGGGCAAGGGGCGGAAACCGUGGAGGAAAGAGGGCGGCAAGGAGAAGGAGGGCGGCAAGGGCGGCCGCGCGGCGAAGCCCGUGAUGAACCGCAAGGAGAGGAGGAGGCUGAAGUUGCUGAGCAAGGAUGACCAGGGCGAGCUGCACCCGAGCUGGCAGGCGCGGAAGAAGGAGAAGGAGGCGCUGCAGAGCGCGGCGUUCCAGGGCACCAAGAUAACGUUUUAG